AUGGACAUCAUGAAUUAUAUAUCAGUAUUGGCUUUUCUUGUUGUUCGGUAGUCAAACUAACACCCAAGUUACUAGAGUUGAUACAAAAUAUCAUCACAUAUAGAUAUAUGGUCGAAAACUACUUAUAGAGUUUGGUAGGUGGUAUUUUCAAGAUUUAAAACUCAUGUUUUUGUUGAAUAAUACCAGAAAAAAGAAGAAUCAUAUCAUAUACCUCCAAACUUGAAAGUCUAUAUCUAUUUUCUCUCAACUCAAAAGAGAAAUCAGAAAAUUAAGAAGAAAAAUGGGUGUCCUUGAUCACGUCUCUGAAUACUUUGAUUGCUCUAAUGGCGACUCCAAGAGACACAGAAGUCUACAGACGGUGGACGUGAGGGUUUUGAUAGAUUGUGAAGGAUGCGAGAGGAAAGUGAGAAGAGCAUUAGAAGGAAUGAAAGGAGUGAGAGAUGUAACGAUCGAGCCUAAUGCUCAGAAAGUGACAGUGGUUGGUUACGUUGAGCCUAACAAAGUGGUAGCUCGGAUCAUUCACAGGACCGGCAAAAGAGCCGAGCUAUACCCUUACGUUCCUUACGACGUUGUCGCUCAUCCUUAUGCCUCUGGUGUCUACGACAAUAGAGCUCCUGUUGGGUACGUUAGGAACACCGAGUAUGAUCCACAUGUGUCGCGGCUCGCACGUGCUAGCUCCACUGAAGUUCGUUAUACGACGGCGUUUAGCGAUGAGAACGCCUCAGGUUGCGUGGUUAUGUGAUUUUGUUUUGUUUGUGUUGAUGUGUUUCCGAAAAUUGUAUUUUGUUUGUUUGUUUAUUCAUGUUGGUAUGUAAUAUCUUAAGAGUCAAGGCCGAGAAAAUAAUGUAAAUUACAUUUUGUUUUGAACUAAUUUUUGUGAUGUAAAUUACAUGUUGUUAAAAUGGUUAUGCAUGUUUCGUUUUA